AUGGAACUGCCACUGGAAGCCAUCCCUCUUUAUUCUCAAAGGACGCUUUCAAGAACCAACGAUUGUAGCACUUUUAGAAUGGCUCUCUCAUCAAUUUUCGGCGGUGCGUCCCCAUCACAACAACGGACUACAACCUCGUCGUCUAAAGCCUCUAGCGUAAAAGAGCAACUGAAGACGCAAAUCGCCCAAGAACUUGCUGUUGCCAAUGCUAGCGAGCUAGUGAACAAGGUUACCGAAAACUGUUUUGAAAAGUGUUUGACUAAUCCUUACUCUAAUGCCGAGGAGGGCUGCGUUGACCAGUGCUUGGCCAAAUACAUGAGAAGUUGGAAUGUUGUCUCCAAAGCGUACGUCGCCAGGAUCCAGCAGGCAUCCACCUCGGGUGAGAUUUAG